AUGGCUGGAGAGAAGGAACACAGGAUCCUGGAGUUUGUGAAGCAGAAUGCAGUGAGCGGUGACCCUCAAAGUGUCGUGGAUCAUAUUGAUAAAUAUUGCAGCCAGAAGGAAUGGGCCAUGAAUGUGGGAGACGAGAAAGGCCUAAUCCUGGAUAAGGUGUUCAAAGAAACGAACCCAUCCCUGGUGCUGGAGCUGGGCACAUACUGUGGGUAUUCUGCUCUUCGCAUAGCCCAGUUACUAAAGCCUAGCGCCCGUUUCUUCACCAUCGAAAUUAACCCAGUUAAUGCUGCUGUGGCAAGGAAGAUGAUUGAAUUUGCUGGACUCAAGGAUAAGAUAGAGAUAUUAGAAGGAUCCACAGAGCAUAUCAUUCCAAGGCUAAGAACCGAUUAUGGUGUGGUGCAUGUCGACUUUGUAUUUAUGGACCAUUUUAAGGACAGAUACCUUGUGGAUACCAAAUUACUUGAAGACUGCGGGUUACUCAAGAAAGGAUCAGUGCUAUUAGCAGACAAUGUUGUGUAUCCUGGUGCUCCAGACUUCCUAGAAUAUGUAAGGACAAGCGGUUGCUACGACUGUACCAACUACCCGGCUCAUGUAGAAUACACUGAUCAGCCAGAUGCCCUGGAAAAAGGCUGUAUUUAGGAAAUAG